ACGCUCAUAUUUGUUCGCAUCAUUCCUGAUUUCCGAAAACUUUCAACAAUCAAUAUGGGGCUUAUGAGGCUUCUAGUCUUCAUCAACGGGGCGUUACAUGACACAGUUCCGAUGUAAUGCCUGCAUACACUCCACACAUGGAUCCUCGAAUGUCUGUCUGAUUACAUACACGCAAAUACGUACAACUUUCCCCGAUCUUCAAGUUUUCCUUUGUUACUCAAUAACGAUGUCUCCUUCUCCUUUUCGAUAUGUUUCUACCGCUUUCACGCGAUGCUUGAUAUCAUAUUGUGCUUUGAUGCUGUCGCCCCUGGAUGGGCUGGCUGGCUGGCUAUGGUGGACAAUUUCCUGCAUUUCCAAGGCGGAGGAAUCAUCUCAAAAAUGGCGUUGAAGGAUGAACGACAUAACAAUCAACUAAGCUAGUAGGUUAGUAGCUUUGAGAGAGUCAUAAUGAAGUUAUAAGAACUUGUUUGUAGAGAUAGAAAAAAUCACAAAAU